AGAAGAUAGCAGUGCGGGGGAGGGGGCUUGUUUUUAGCAGCUGCAGCAAGGUCGUUCUUUGUGUCAAAAUUCAGAUUCUUGUGACGAACAAUUAGUUUCAAGUAUUAACUUUGUGGCGCGAGUGAUUAUACUUCUGCAACCAAAAUAAUUAUUAUUGUUGUUCGUGUGUGCCUUUAUUUUUAGAACUUAGUUUUUAAAUAAUCUGUAUCAUUCGAACGUUCCAAUGAGUGGAGGAGGACAAAACUCUGAUGGCUCAAAUGCAGGAGGAAUAUUUGUACAAUUCAAUCAGGACUGCACGUCCCUGGUGGCGGGCAGUAGUAGUGGGUACCAUCUAUUCACGCUAACUGCAGACGAUGGCAUCGAGGAAAUAUACGCCAGCCGCUCAGGUCACGAGACCUGCCUCGUCGACCGACUAUUCAGCAGCUCGCUUGUGGCUGUGGUCACUGUAUCAGCCCCCAGGAAGCUGAUAGUAUGCCAUUAUAAGAAGGGUACGGAGAUAUGCAACUACAGCUACAGCAACACCAUUCUGGCAGUGAAGCUCAACAGAUCCAGGCUCAUCGUGUGUCUGGAGGAGUCGCUGCACAUCCACAACAUCCGCGACAUGAAGAUCCUGCACACCAUCCGCGACACGCCGCCCAACCCGCGCGGGCUCUGCGCGCUGUCGCCCUGCGUGGACCACUGCUACGUGGCCUACCCCGGCUCCAGUGCCGUGGGUGAGGUGCAGAUCUUCGACGCCGUGCACCUGAAUGCCAAGUGCGUGAUCAGCGCGCACGACAGUCCGCUGGCGGCGCUGGCGUGGUCCAUGUGCGGGCGCCGCCUGGCCACGGCGUCGGAGCGCGGCACCGUCAUCCGCGUGUUCGCCGUGCCCGAGCGCACGCGCCUGUACGAGUUCCGGCGCGGCGUCAAGCGCUGCGUGUCCAUCGCCUGCCUCGCCUUCAGCGCCUGCGGCAGCUACCUGGCCGCCACCUCCAACACGGAGACCGUGCACGUGUUCCGGCUCACCGAGCCCGCGCCGGCCGGGCCCGCGGCCGACGAGCCGGCGCCGGCCGAGGACGAGGCGGCGGGCGGCUGGAUGGGCUGGCUGUCCAGCGCCGUGUCGGCGGGCGCGGGCUACCUGCCGGCGCAGGUGGCCGACGUGCUGGCGCAGGGCCGCGCCUUCGCGGCGGCGCGCCUGCCGCACACGGGCUACCGCGCCGUGGCCGCCAUCACCAGCGUGGCGCGCGCGCCGCGCCUGCUGGUGGCCACGGCGCAGGGCGUGCUGUACGUGUACGCGCUGGACGCCGAGGGCGGCGACUGCACGCUGCUGCGCCAGCACCAGUUCCUGGAGCGGCCGGCCGCGGCCCCCGCGCCGCAGGAAGUGGCGGCGCUGUCCACUAGCAACAGUUACGCGGGCGCGCUGCGCGGCCGGGACCCGGCGCGGAUGACAGAGUCGGAGCGCGCGGCCGAGCUGGGCGCGGCGCUGGAGGCGGCGCCGGCGCCGGCGCGGGCCUUCGACCUGCGCGACCCCAAGCACUUCCCGCCCAUGCGCCCCGAGCGCGCCGACCCCGCCGCGCACUAGCGGCUGUACAUAGUGACACGCCGAGCGCCGCGAGUGAUGUCUAUCUGACGACGGAUGACUCCGAGAGAGCUUGCAUCUACGUGUGUAAAUUAAUUAUCGUAGCGUUUUCAUGCUACAGAAAAAAGGAACAUUAUUAUUGGAAAUCCAAUAAAAUUACUUUAAUAUUGUAAAUAAAUGUAAAGGACCUUAAAAUGACAUAGAUAAGUGUGCCUGCGCGUGGCACCGACGUGCGGCGCGCAGAGAGCCGAGACGGCCUCAGGCCGCGACCUCCUCACCGCCUCACCGCCCACUCGCCAUCUACAAAGCUCGCUAACUGGUGCUUCGUGGUGAAUGCCGCAUGUCUCGUUGUGUUUACGACCUUGUCUAUCAAGAACAAUUUGAUUAUGUUUUCGUCUCGCCAAUACUCAAAAAUCACUAGACCAGUAACAAACAGAUGUGUCGCACAUAUAUGGAUGAUCGAAAUCAAUGGCUAACACAAGUUUCUAAAAUAACGUACUGCAGUCAUUUCCAAAAGGGCUAGGAAACAAAAAUUUCAUUCGUAGCAUUACUACAUUUGCGGCUUACAAUGUAAAUAUUAGAAACAGGAUCAAGAAUGACAUUUAGUUGAGAAAUAGAUAAAAACUUAAGGUUACUACAAUGUCAAAAGCUCACACAGUACUCAAAAAUAAUAUUAUAACGCAUGUUCUGUUCUGGCACCGGCUCCGAUUCCCGGGCCGUGCAGUGUUUAUUGGAAUUUGGUAAUUCUCAGUGACUGCCUAAAUAUUUGUUUGUAUUAUAUGUGCAGUUGUGCAUCUUUCCUGUUUAUUUUUUUAUUGGACUUUAUCUUUUGAGCAGCAUUAUCGUAUAAUGAUAAUUGCCAAUUUCUUUAGACUACCUUAAAUAAUGGCACUUAUUGAAUUUGAACAGAAAUACAGCCAUCGAUUUUGGUAAUACUCCCAAUGCAGUAUUUCGUUACAAGUCAAAGCAUUUAUUUUUUAAUUAAUCCUUAAUAACAAUACGUAAAUAGAACAAUACAUCCGUCAGUCUGUCUGUCUGUCAGUGAAACUAGGUGUUCGUUCCAAAGUGUAUCUUCGAAUGGAGAAGAAUGAGCAAGAAACUCCAUCGAUACUCUGUGCAAAAAAUAUUUGUUUUUACAAUAUGUCUGAUACAUUAUUAAAUUUGAUCCUUUACCUAUUGUAUGUAUAUGUGAGAACAAUGUAACGACAAUACAGCGUCAAAAUUAAUGGGACUACAAGAGCAAUUUGUGAUUAUGAGUAUCGCUAAAUACACCACCUAUAUUAGAUACUGACGCCCGAAUACUCAAACGUUACUCAAUUUUAAAUUGUACUUGAAUAUCGUGCUAUCUCUGUCAUUUUAUAAAGAAUUGAUAUUGAUAGUGACAGAACUACAUUUGAGAGCGUCUUAAAAUUGAGUAGCGUUUGAGAAUUCGGGCAUUAAACUAAUUAAAGAUGCUCCAUUAAUUUCUAGCCACACUAGGGCUCAGUAGAGAUGCGUGCGGCGGUGUUUCCCAUUACUUUCUGCAUUAUUAUAAUUAUAUACACUUUGCUAUGUGAUUGAGUUGUGAGUCGAGGUGAGCGGGUCGCGGGCAGGAAGCAGCUGUGUAGCUAAUUGUAAUUAUUAAUAUUGUAUGUGUAAAGGUGGCCUCUCACGGUUAGUUUAUAGAUUUUACGAAUGAACUCUAGCAGUCACCGAAGUUUGUUCUGUGAUAUGUAUGUGUAUGUACUGUUCCGUCUGUUCUGUUGCUACCUGUAGCGCGGGCGCCGGCCGUCACCCACAUCCGUUGGGAAGCCACUUUUACAAUUGAGUCUCUGCAAAUGAACAUUUCUUUUAUAUAAUCGAAAAAUAUUAAGCGUGAUUAUAAGAAAUAA